UAUUACUUCAAUUAUUUUAUUAAUUUAUUUAUUGCGGGUUUGAGGAGUUUAGAUGAUAGUUUUCUGUUUUGUAAUUCUAAAUUUGUGAAAUAUUGGAGUAAUAUUAGCUGUUGAUGUUGCAGUAUAUUCUCGGAACAGCUAAAUUUGGGGAUGAUUUUUUUUAUGAGCCUAAAUAGUAAAAUAUAUUCAUAUUACACUAUCAUUUAGGCAAUGAUUUAUAUGAAUUUUGAUUUAUAUUCCACUAGAUUCUUUCUCACGGUUUCUAAUUAUCUAUUUCACAUUUCAAUUUUUCAUAACUUUAUUUUAUAUAUAUAUUUUUUAAAUACUGAAUUGUCUUAAUAAGGAUAAAUUUAGGUAGGGUUGUUUGUUGGUCAUGUGGGUUUUAUCUAAAUUUAAUGAAUGGAAUUUCUUUUGACUGGUAGAUACAAUUUUGAGUUUCGGAAUAUCUAGUUCAUUCAAUCGUUUUGCAGUUUUGGAUUGAGAGGAAACCAUUUUUGUGGGUUCUAUUUGCUCUGGGUUUUCUCCAUUUCUGAACAUUUUCAUUUCUUCCUCCAGUUUCUCUUCUUAAGAAGCACUUUAAAGGGGGCUUUGUUCAAGAUCAAGCAAGGGACAUUUAAGGAUAACAACAAACUUUUAUCCAUACUGCACACCUUUGAUCUGAAUGUUCUGAAGGCAAUUGGCUUCAUUGGUCCUCAUAAUUGGAAGACACUAUAGGGGAGAUCUUGAUGCUCUUCUAUUUCCUUAGAACAACAGUAUCAGGAUCUUGAGGGCGCAUGAAAAGAUGUAUCAGGAACUUCAAAGAAUCAAUAAUGAUACUGUUGGAACUUCAGAUGGUGGAAAUGAUCCCUUACAAAGAAAAUUAAAAAAACAGACUAAUCUCAAAAGUUCUUCAGAGGUUCAUGGAGUAUCAUCCCUCAUUUGGAGCAAUUCAGAUAACAGGUAUUCAGUGUUUUCAUUGUUUACCCUUGAAGCCAACGGACAUCGGAGGAUUUUUGCACUACCACUCCAUUUUCCUGAUCAAUCAAAGUGCUUUGGAUCUGGUGCACUGGAUAGCAUGGACUGUUUACAUUUGGUUUGUCCUCAGCCAAUUAAUUCAGUCCAGGCUGAUCGACAAGUGACGGAUGGAAGUGUCCAUGCUGGUACCUAUUCUGCAAACUCGCGUACCAGUAAAACAAUUCUUGAUUCAACUGUGCAGCGUCAAUCUCAGAAAAAAGCUAUACCAAACAAAACUAAAUGGAAUGAACUUCCGCAGAGUUUUUGUAAAAAAUCCUUAACAAGCAGUGAAUCUUCAUGUUUGAUCUCAAAUAGUGUCAUUAAAUCAUCAAAUACGGCUAUCCAGAGCUCUGAUGUAGAUAAUGUCAUUAAAAAAAGUUCAAGAAAGAAGUCUAGAAAGAAGGGGAAGCGGGGUAAGAAGAAUCUACAUAACACUGUCUCUAAAGACCCAGAGAUAUUUCCUGAGGAAUGUCCUAAAGUUAGUUCCAUGUCUAGAGCUUGCCAUGACAACAGUAUCGAUCAAAUGAAUGUGCUAGCAUUAUCUUCCACUGCACUUGAUGCUUCCCUACAAGAAGGUAGGGUUCACAGUUCACAAACACAAAAAACUUGCACUUCUUAUUCUACUGGGGUGGAUACAUUUGAAGAGGCUAUACCUGCUUUUCAUAAAAUUCCUGAGACAUGCUCUGGUGGUACCUCUAAAAAACAUAUACCAUCCAAAGACUCUGCACAUUUUGUUGGUGAUGACUCCCAGAUCUACUUAUUCGAUGCUUUGCAUCCCAGAGACUGUGCUGAUAAGUCUGAGUCGUUUCUGUUGGAUCCAACGUCAACUUGCUCAAAUAGUGAUGAUGGGACCAAACUUUAUCAUGGUACAAAACACUCUGAAAAAGAACGUUGUAGAACUGAUCUUUCUGAAUCACCAGCUUCUGAUUUUGGAAAGGAAUAUUCCUCUUGUAGUAGCUUGUUAAAUAAUAUUUUAGAUUCAUCUGAUCAUACCAACAAAACAAAAAUAACACAUGGUAGUGGGGGUAGAAAUGGUAGUCAAGUGCAUGUAGUGAUACCCGGCAAGAAGACUAAGCAAAACAAAUCAGUUGCCCGGAUGUCAAGUGUUUCUAAAUGUAGAGUUCCUGGCAAUUUGCAUGGUCAUACGGGGAAGGAAAACAGCCAUUCCGUUUGGCAGAAGGUCCAGAGAAAUGGUACCUGUGACAGUGUGGAUGACCUGAAAAAACUUCCUGUCUUAUCUCAGUUUGAUAAUACUUUGGAUGAGGUUUCUUUGUGUAAGAAGAAUUGUGAUUCUGUUGUAGAUGAAAAGCAGUUCAAAGAUACUAGAAGUUGGAAAAGUAAAAGUGCUGCAGGUUUUAAACAUGAAAGCAGGUUUUCUUCCAGAAAGGGAUCUCAUGCUGAUAGGGUCAAGUCAGAUGGUUGUGCAAAGUUUACUGCAUCACGCAAGGAUAUGGUACACAUCUCUUCUAAGACUAAUGAAGCAAAGCACAUGACGCCUGAAUCAGUAACCUUUGUCCAUGUUUGUCCAAAUGCAAUUGAUAGCCUGGACAGCAUAUCUAAUGCCAACUCUAGCACGAAGAGUGAAACCAUAGAAGAUCUGAAUCACUCAUUGCCAAAGUCAUGUAAUUCGAAUGAUCAAUCAAAGCUCGAUCAAGUGCAGUCUCCUGUGCACCAUCCUUAUCUUUCUGGAAAUUCAGUUGGACAAGGGCAGAAAACUGUCCUUGCUGAAGAUUAUUUGCAAACCCACACCUCUGGCUCUGUUAUGCAGAAAUGGAUACCAAUUGGGUUGAAGGAUUGUGGGUUGACUAAUUCCAGUGACAGUUCACCUCUAGAAAAUUCUGAUGGCCUGGCUGCUGAAAUUUGGACUAUAGAAAACCCUGCACAAGAUAAAGUGAAUUGUGAUUCACAAAAUCCAGUUCCUAAAGCAGGUGUUGUAUGUAUGGCCCAAAGUUCUAAAAAUAUUUCUUCUUUCUCCCCUGAUGAUGAGUGCAGGUCUCCAAAUUUCAAGGACCAGGACACAAGCAUGCUUGAAGAGCAGUAUAACAGACAGACUGCUGCCCACACUUUAGAUAUAGAAUCUGGAGCUGUAAAUGCUAUUAAACCUGUUCAAGACAAAAUAGCUGAAGCUGUGAAUGAUGCUUGUAGGGUUCAACUGGCAUCUGAAGCUAUUGAGCAGGCCUCUGGUCAUCCAGUUGCAGAGUUUGAAAGAGUUCUUAAAUAUUCGCGUCCAGUUAUUUCUUACCCAACCCAUUUAUCAUGUCAUUCUUGCUCAAGAGAUCAGUUAUGUGGUGUGUCAUUGUGUACACAUGAGACACUUAAUAUUUCUUUGGGAGGCCUAUGGAAGUGGUAUGAGAAACAUGGGAAUUAUGGGUUAGAAAUAAAGGCAAAUGAUUAUGAAAAUUCAAGGAGAUUGGGUGCUAAUACUUCCUCUUUUUGUGCUUAUUUUGUCCCGUAUUUGUCAGCGGUUCAACUUUUCGGAAAUUAUGUUGAAAACUCUGUGGAUACAAGCAACACGCUUUCUAGUUCUGAGGUUCUAGACUUGUGCGAGUUUAAUGAAACAUCUGAAAGUUCCUCUAGUUUGGACCAUCUUCCAAUGUUUUCAGUGCUCUUUCCUCAACCUCAAAAGGAGUUUAAAAGCUAUUCUAAUGAAGAAUGUAGUUCAGAGUCAUCUUCAACUUCUGCAAAAGAUGUUGCUUGUCUUCAAUCAGUGGAAAGAACACUGCAGAGUGAUCCGGAGCUACUUUUUGAAUAUUUUGAAUCUGAACAGCCUCAGAAGAGACGACCUUUAUAUGAGAAGAUAGAUGAGUUGAUUAGGGGAGAUGGUCCAGUGCAGUACCAAGGCUAUGGAGAUCCAACAAUACUCAACUCUGUAAAACUGAAUGAUCUGCAUCCUAGAUCUUGGUAUGCUGUAGCAUGGUAUCCUAUUUAUAGGAUACCAGAGGGUAAUUUGCGCUCAUCAUUUUUGACAUUCCAUUCACUAGGUCAUUUGGUUCAUCAACAUGGUAUGCAGCCCCAUAUAGUGGCUCCUGUUGUGGGUCUUCAAACUUACAAUGCUCAGGGUGAAUGCUGGUUCCGCAUUCCUCCCUCACUACUGAACCAAAAGAAAGGAGCAUCGGACCUAGACCCUAGUGAAAUUAUGAAGCAGCGAUUGAGGACGCUAGAGGAGACAGCUUCUCUUAUGGCAAGAGCAGUUGUGAAGAAAGAAAAUUUGACAUCUGUAAACAGGCAUCCAGACUAUGAGUUCUUCUGCUUGAGGAAGCGCUGCUGAGCUUUUUUGGUCUAUCAGCAAUGUUUAGGUAGCACUUAACCUAAGAUAGAUGAGAAAUAGUGGUGAAUGUAAAUCUCAUGCUUCUUUGUACAUUUCAUUCUCUCUUGCUUUCCCAAUGGAAUUUAUUUCCGUGUUUGUAUAGAUCCAUCUGUGAGUAGCGACCCUUCCCGUUCUUUCCUUGGAAGUAAAAUAAACUUUGGGAAAAAGAUUUAGUGGCCCCUUGAUGUAAAUAUGAUAUCUGGGGUAUUAGUUUUUGGGUUCUAGUUUAGAAGCUUUGAACUUUGGUGGAUAUCUUAUGUACCCGCAUACAAUGAUACAACGGUAGCUUUUUGUUUUUC